AUGCAAUUUGACGAUGUCUAUGAUUUGAUUAAAGAUAAUGGAGAUAAUAUAAUUGACUUGACUCAUGAUAAUAAUUUAGAAGUUAUUGAAACCCAAAUAAAGGAUAAAACUAUUGAUUUUAAUCAAAAUGAUGAAAUUUAUUUAUUAACUGAAUGCUUAAGAGUAAAUGAGAUUCGACAUACAAUCUUUCCAAUGGAAUAUCCACCUACAUCUUUGGAAGAUAUCGCAAUUUGUUAUAACAUAGAGAAUUGGGGUUCUUAUGAACCAGCAUUUAAAAAUAUAAGUACCAAAAGAUUUAAUUUAAACAUGGGUAUAACACCGUCAAGAGAAGACUUCGUAACCCUGGAAGGAUACGCAAAAAAAAGCAAAGAAGAGCGUAGAGCAAUAAUACAAAACGCAGGAAUGGAAAUAACUGACAACGACAAAGAAAUAGCACAAUUUUUGGGCCCAGAAGACGAAAUAUUAGGCUGCUUUAUUAGAGGAAUAAUCACAAUAUGCCUUAGACAUUUCAACAACCAAAGAACAAAAGAAUUCAACGAAUACAUAGAAGAUUACAAGACAGCAAUAAACGAUAUGAUACAACAAAAAACUUUAGAAAUGAACGAAUGGGCCUGA